AUGGCAUAUGGCCUGCACAACCCUGUCCUCAGCAGCAGCAGCCAUGCUGGCCGUGCCCCCCCAACCCCCCCACCACCUGGCCUGCCCCCAGCCAGCCUUCUCAGCCCACCUGGCCUGCCCCCACCCAGCCUUCUCAGCCCACCUGGCCCUCCCCCACCAGCCUUCUCAGCCCACCUGGCCUGCACCCAGCCAGCCUUCUCAGCCCACCUGGCCUGCCCAGCCGGCCCAGCCCAACCCAACCAGCCCCAGCCUACGUGGCCGACACCACCGCCAACCCAGCCCAGUCAACCGGCUCAGCCGGCCUGGCCCACUCCCACUCCCACUCCCACCCCCACUCCCCCAACAGGCCAGCAGACCCAGCCGGCCCAACCCAGCUGGCCUGUUCCGGUUCCGACCCAGCCACAGGCCCAGCCAGCCCAGCCCAGCUGCACCCCACCAACCCCUGCCCUCCAGGGUACCACCCCCAGGGGACGCCCACCUCCGGGUGGCCCUUCAACCCAGGACAGCCUGGCUGGCCCGGGCAGCCGGCACCGGUACCAGUGGCAGUCCCAUUACAAUCUGAACUUCCCCAGAGGAGUCUAUGACAAGCUGAUGCUCACCAUCACCGGCCAGGUGAAGCCCCUGGCCAAGAUGUUCACGGUGAACUUUCUGCGUGGGAACGAUAUCGCCCUGCACAUCAACCCCCGCUUCAACGAGGGGGGCAAGCAGAUCCUGGUGAGGAACCCGGCAGGGGAGCGCUGGGGCAAGGAGGAGCGCACCAUCCAGGGGCCCUUCCCUUUCGCCCCUGGCCAGCCCUUUGAGAUGAAGAUCCUGGUGACGUAUAACGAGUUCAAAGUGGCAGUGAAUGGAGCGCAGGUGUUUGAGUUCAAGCAUUGCAUCCGAGAACUCAACCAGAUCGACCGCCUGAACAUCCUACAGGACAUCAACCUCACCUCCAUCAACCUGCAGAACAUGCCCUGA